GCGCCUUCCGCGCGCCGUUGGGGAACGGCCUCACCACCCUUCCCGCCUCUCCGGUUCGGGAGGCGAUCGACCGCUCUCUUCGUCCCUUGGGGUGUGGGUGGAGCGGCGUUUCGGGGGAGCCUUGGCCCUUUUUGCAAGGCCGCUGGCCUUCCUGCUCUCCAGUGGCGGCACCAGACCCCUCCCCAGGCGGAGCCCUCGGCGAGAGCGGCGCCCUCCACCCCUCCUGAGUUUUUAAACAAGGUUUCCACUUCUUGACGCCACCCUAACGCCUUUCUUCUGGUUUUCUGCUCCUCCGCAGUUUCCUAUUUGCCACAAAGGACCCUUUGUCUCCAGCGUUCUUAGCAUUGGGAAACUUAAUCCUCUUUUUCCUAAUGAUUUUUCCAACUGGGCAGAGUUGACCGCGGGCGGGUGUCAAUGGAAAGCACCCAGAAAGACGGUGUUUCUCGCAGUCGUGGAGAGUAGAUUACGUGUAAUUUUAAUACUGCUUUCUUCGGUGUUUUCUCUGUUUAUGGACAGAGAAGAAAGCAGUGUGUGUGUAGUAUGUGUUUUUUGCAUGGGGCAGUUGGUAAAAACACCGCGUCUCUUAUCUGUAUGGCUUCAGAGCAAUGCGAGACGGAAAAGGUUUUUUGCAAGGCUUCCUGUAUUUUGCUCUCGUGGCAUUAUCCUUCAGUGGGGCUAUUGGACUGACUUUUCUUAUGCUGGGAUGUGCCUUAGAGGAUUAUGGCGUUUACUGGCCCUUAUUCGUCCUGAUUUUCCACGCCAUCUCCCCCAUCCCCCAUUUCAUUGCCAAAAGAGUCACCUAUGACUCAGAUGCAACCAGUAGUGCCUGUCGGGAACUGGCAUAUUUCUUCACUACUGGAAUUGUUGUUUCUGCCUUUGGAUUUCCUGUUAUUCUUGCUCGUGUGGCUGUGAUCAAAUGGGGAGCCUGUGGCCUUGUGUUGGCAGGCAAUGCAGUCAUUUUCCUUACAAUUCAAGGGUUUUUCCUUAUAUUUGGAAGAGGAGAUGAUUUUAGCUGGGAGCAGUGGUAGCACUUUAUUCUGAUUACAGUGCAUUGAAUUUCUUAGAACUCAUACUAUCUGUAUACAUGUGCACAUGCGGCAUUUUACUAUGAAAUUUAAUAUGCUGGGUUUUUUAAUACCUUUAUAUAUCGUGUUCACUUUAAGGAAGACUUCAUAAGUAAAAGAUGAGUUUUAUUCUCAGCAAAUAGACCUGUCAAAUUUAGAUUAUGUUACUCAAAUUAUGUUACUUGUUUGGCUGUUCAUGUAGUCACGGUGCUCUCCGAAAAUAUAUUAACGCAGUCUUGUAGGCAGCUGCCACCUUAUGCAGUGCAUCGAAACCUUUUGCUUGGGGAUGUGCUUGGAGAGGCAGAUAACACUGAAGCAGGCCUCUCAUGGCCCAGGAAGGCCGGGGUGGAUCCCUCUUUGUGUUGUAGUCCAUGCUAUUAAAAGUGUGGCCCACAGACCAAGAGCCUCAACAUUUCCUAGAGCCUUAUUAGAAAUGCAGAAUCUGAAGCCCCACUCUGGACCCAGGACAUUUUGAUGAGAUCCAAAGGAGUUGUAUGCACAUGAAAGUUUGAGAAGCAUCAUCAUAGAGAAGUAAACAUCACACUCAACUUCCUUAUCUUUCCAGUGGCUAAACCACUUAACCUCUCUGGGUGUUACCUGCUCAUUUGUUUAAAAAAAAAAAAAAAAGUCUCAUCUGCUUUCAUGCUGAGGACAAGUUGAGAUGUUCAAGCCUAUAAUAUUUAGACUGUUCCUCAAAUUUAUGAAAAGUGUUCUCAGAAUUGGGAGACAGUCAAAGGGUACAAAGCCUCAGUUAGGAGGAAUAAGUGUGAUUUUUUUUUAAAGAUCACUUGCACAGCAUGCUAAAUAUAGGAAUAAUUGAAUGUAUAUUUCAAUAUUGCUAAGAGAGUAAAUUUCUAAUGUUCUCAUAAAAAAGUUAAAUAUUUGAGAUCAUAUGUUAAUUAGUGUAAUCAUUCCACUUUAUAUUCAAAAAUCAUAAAACCGUAUUGUACCCUAUAAAAAUAUACAAUAAUUUGUCAAUAUAUAAUCAAAAUAAAAAACAAAACAUACUCCCUCCCCCAAAAAAACAUCUCAGUGGGGAACAGAUGUAUCUUUUCAUCUGAAAGACAAUGCUGGGGGAAGAGCUCCACUGAGAUGUGGGCAGGGAGGCUGGGCUCGAGCCAGCCCCUGCGUUAGCAGGAGGGGGAGAAUAGAUAGGUAACUCUUUUACAUUUCCUUUAUGAUCUGGCACUUCUCCCCAGCUCCUUCCCUCUGCCCCCCACCCCUACUACUCAACAGUUCUGGUUUGCCCUGACUUCUCUACGACUCUGGCUUCUUCCCGAAGAGAUAUAGGAGCCAUGUAAGCACGCAGUGGGUGAACUGCUUAAUUUCACUACAUGUUGAUGUACUUGUCUUCCGUCCUGUAGGUCUUUUCUAUAUAACUUUAUGCCACCCUUAAAUGAAUCAUUGGGUAUACCUGUCAUGUUGGAUCCUGUAAUCACAGUUUUCCCUGCUCACCUUUUUGUCUAAGAUCUAUUGAGAAAGGGAAAUAUGGGAAGGAGAACCAUUUGAUCAGAAUACAACCAAUAGUCUUUAAGCAUUGUUAAAGUAUGAAACUGAAAUACAUUCAAAACACUUAAUCCUUGAGGCUUGUGAUCUGAGUAAUUAGCAGGUAUGAUGCUGGGACUGGAAAAUAGAAAGUAAUAACUAAAGGGUUAAUGUGCAACGUUAUUUUUUGGCCUUGUGCAUGAUUUUAUGUUUUCAGUGUCCUGUGUACAUAUAGAAUUGUUAAAGUUGUCAUUUCCAAUAUUUAUAUUAGAAAAAUUAUUUAGAUACUUUAUAAUUUUAACCAGCAUUUUUAAUAAUGACACUUGCAUUUAUUGUAUUGUAAUAAAUUUCACUUUUAACUUUAAAA